AUGCCAUUCUCUAUAACACAGGUUGGGUGCCUUCCCUUCAAUUUUUCUCCCAAGACCAACGCCGAGAACUGGGGCUACCACAUUUACGUACCAAUGAGACUCCUAAUGAGAAGGAGCACUGGGAAGAGCUCGAAAGUUCUUGCGACGUUCCCCCAACUCGCCAACCCUCCUCCGCAUUAUCAUAAGCCAGUCAAGGAAACCCCCUACCGCUUGUAUCGAUAUAUCGCACUAGUAUCUAAAUUGAUAACCUCCGCAGAAGAUCGUUUAAUUGUUUUUAUUGGUCAAAUAGGCGUUGGGAACUAUUUUCCUAUUGUAGAGUGUCAAUCAAUGUGGGCUACAGCCUAUCUAGAUCGAAAACUAGAGACCCCCAGCUGGGAUGUUCAAGAGAAGAAUGUCACCUUGUUCACAGCAUGGUGCCGGCGACGAUAUCUCAGUGGAGGCGAACGGGGUAACAAUAUGACGUUUGAGCUGAUUGGAUAUAUGGAUGGACUGUUGGAAGAUCUCGGACUCAGCAGCCACCGCAAAGGUUGGAUCAAGGAUUUACUGGCCCCUUCCAUGACCAGUGAUUUUGCCGGCUUGAAGGAAGAAUUUAUCCAGAAGUAUGGGUAUAAUGAAAGCGGCAAAUAA